CCUUCCUGCCGGUCCCGCGCCCCCUACUUCACCUCGAACACUCCUCGCGCCUCGCCCUGGACAGGGUCCCUAAGGCGCACCGGGUCGGGAGGAGUGAGAUCCCUGAGCCCCACACUGAAGGGACAGGGACUACAGGGGCAGCGUCGACCUUCCAGCGGGGGGCUCCAGGUCCCGCUCCGACACAGUCUCCGGGAGGAUGGCCCAGGGGGCUCCGGCGCGGGAGCUCUUCCUCGAGGUGGCCCAGCAGGGGGCCCUGGCCCAGCCCCAGCCCUGGUGGAAGAUCCAGCUGUUCGUGUGGGAGCCCGUGCUGUUCGGGACCUGGGAUGGUGUGUUCACGUCCUGCAUGAUCAACAUUUUUGGGGUUGUCCUUUUCUUAAGAACCGGCUGGCUGGUGGGAAACACAGGCGUGCUCAUGGGCAUGCUUCUGGUGUCCUUCGUCGUCACCGUGGCGCUGGUCACUGUGCUGUCCGGCAUCGGCAUCGGGGAGCACAGUGGCGUGGGCAGUGGUGGCGUCUACUCCAUGAUCUCCUCCGUCCUCGGCGGGCAGACGGGAGGCACUGUCGGGCUGCUGUAUGUAUUUGGACAGUGUGUUGCAGGUGCCAUGUACAUCACGGGCUUUGCCGAAUCCAUCUCUGAUUUGCUGGGCCUCAGGAACAUCUGGGCCGUGCGAGGAAUCUCAGUUGCGGUGCUUCUGGCCUUGCUGGGUAUUAACCUAGCAGGUGUCAAAUGGAUAAUUCGCCUCCAGCUGCUGCUGCUGCUCCUCCUGGCAGUGUCCACACUGGACUUCGUGGUGGGCUCUUUCACCCACCUGGAUCCAGAACAUGGCUUUGUUGGAUAUUCACCAGAACUACUGUGGAACAACACACUACCAGAUUACAGCCCAGGGGAAUCUUUCUUCACUGUGUUCGGGGUGUUCUUCCCAGCAGCUACAGGAGUCAUGGCGGGCUUCAACAUGGGAGGCGACCUCCGGGAGCCCGCGGCCAGCAUCCCCCUGGGCUCCCUGGCAGCCGUUGGCAUCUCAUGGUUUCUGUACAUCAUCUUUACCUUCCUGCUUGGUGCCAUCUGUACCCGAGAGGCCCUCCGCUAUAACUUCCUCAUAGCUGAAAAGGUGUCCCUAGUGGGCUUCCUGUUCCUCCUGGGCUUGUAUAUCUCCUCCCUCGCCUCCUGCAUGGGUGGACUCUAUGGAGCUCCCCGGAUUCUGCAGUGCAUCGCCCAGGAGAAGGUGAUUCCUGCACUUGCCUGCCUGGGGAAAGGGAAAGGGCCAAAUAAAACACCAGUAGCAGCCAUCUGCCUGACCAGCUUGGUGACCAUGGCUUUUGUCCUUGUGGGUCAAGUGAACAUCCUGGCACCCAUUGUCACCAUCAACUUCAUGCUGACCUAUGUCUCGGUGGACUACUCCUACUUCUCCCUGUCCAUGGUUCUCUGCACCGUCCCUGAAGGGCCUGAACCAGUGCUGAGGGAGGACCCAGAAACUCUCCACUGCUCAGAGCAUCUGCUCUUGGAGAAGGCUCCCAGCUAUGGCUCCGAGGGCCCUGCCCAAAGCCCCUCUGAGGGUACCCUGCUGGAAUUCACCAAGGACAUGGAUCAGCUUCUCCAGCUAAGCAGGAAGCAUGACAGUGGCCACCCAAGACCAGGAGAAAGCAGUAGGAUCUCAGAGAAUCAGAAGAGAAAAUACAAGGCCAUCAAGCAAACCCUACAAGAUAGCUUCCUCUUGGACCUCAACUCCCUUAAUUCCUUUCCUACUGAGGAGUCUGACAUGUUGCCCACGGCCUCCUGGGAGGGGGAGGAGUCCUACCAGGACAAGUGGAUUUCCAGGAGUGAGGAGACUUGGCCUGAGGGCGCACGUGGAGAACCACUUGUCCCUGAGCUGCGCAGCCAGCUUAGGGUGAAUGGAGAAGAUUUCUUCCAGAAGUCCAAACUCCAGGAACAAGAGAUCCAGAGGAGAUCAACUUCUUUCUACAUCCACAUGUGUAACCCCUGGGUCUCCCUGUUAGGAGCAAUUGGGUCCCUUCUCAUCAUGUUUGUGAUCCAGUGGGUCUACACCCUGGUUAGCAUGAGUGUUGCUGCUGCUCUGUACUUCUACAUUGGCCAGACCAGUCCAGGACUCUACCUUGGAUCAGCCUCCAAUUUCAGCUUUUUCAGAUGGAUGAGGUCUCGUCUGUUCCCCUCCUUCAGGAGCCUGCGGUCCCCCCAGGAGCAGAUCGUUGUGGCACCCUCUGUCGCGAGGGUGGACAUGGCAAUGACUCAGCUCACCCAGGAGAAUGCAGACUUCGCAGCUCGGGAUCGCUACCACUGCUCCUGGCUCCUGAGUCGGGAGCAGCUGCUGCCCCCAUACUAGGAGCUGGGCUGGGACUCUUGUUUCCCUGGACACAGGGGGCCCACACCUCAGAACCUCUGAGGUGCUGCGUCUCCCCAGCAGGAAACUCCAUGGCUGGCUUCCCACUGCCACUCUUGCCUGCACCCUGGCCCAGAUCCUCGGCUAGCCCAGGGGAGUGCUGGGAAUUGGGAGGCCUCUGGAACCGGGCACCCUGCCACAGAGCUCCAGCUGGGAUGCCGGGACUCUCAGGGGACACCAGGACAAACAGGUGUGGAGGAGAACACGAACCAAAAUGCUUGGUUUA